AUGUGUCCCAGUAGCCCCUGGAACACCUGGUCGAGAUGGAGCCAAGGAGACCUGCCUGUGGGAAGCCCGGGGAAAACUGGGACCCAAGGAACAUGUGGUACUUGCGGAAAGAAAGGAGCAAAGGAAGAGCCUGGGAUCCAGGGUUCCACAGGACAAAAAGGGGAGCGAGGGGACAAAGGCGACAGUGGAACGCCACGACUGGCUUAACAUGCGAACUGGAAGGAGUACACUUGGAAAAGAUUGGACAGAAAAAAUUCAGGACUGGUAUAUGUAAGUGAGCGACGUCACUUUUUCACUAGAAUUAAAUUAUAUUCUACUAGUUCAAACAAAGUAAUUUUCACUAAAAAGAUUGAUUGUAAUAGUGCUCAGAUGCUUUUAAAUUUCUUCAUAUGUUCUUCAGAACUGUGACUGUGAAGAAAUACCCGGACACCUCCCUACAUGUCUAUUAUGCUGGUAACCUCAGGAUUGCCUUAUGUGACAAGUGCUGUAGUCGCAGGUAUUUCACCUUCAAUGGAGCCGAGUGCAGCUCUCCAGGAACUAUUGACAGUACAUUCUACUUGUUAAUGGGCUGA